GUUUACUUCAGUACGCUAAACUCAUCAAAUCGGUCUUUCGCCAAAUCAGUCGAACGUAUCAAAUUACCAAUUAUUUGAAUUCUCAGAACAUAGACAGUGUAUAAUUGUUUAUAUUUAUUAUCGAAAUGAAUGAAUAUCUCUGGGAAUUCGCACAAAAGUUACCUAGCGAGAAUAAGUUCCAAAUAGUGUUGAAGUCAGCUUUGUCCAUAAAGGCAUGCGCGAAAGUCGACGUCAAGGAGAAUAACGACAAAUGGAUGUGCCGAAAAUGCAAAACUCUUUGGAUGCACGGUUACUUCCAAGUGACUGAAAUAAACGCCACCAAUAAGUUUGAUAAAACUCUUGAGAAGUAUCAGCAAUCGCUGGAUCUCUCAAGAAAGCAGCGAGUUUUUCAGAAGUAUAUGCAAAGCCGUCGGAAAACAACAGCCAAAUUCACAUGCCAAGUGUGUUCCUAUAAAACCAGAACAACCGUUAAGGAAGUUGAAACUAAGAGUACUGCAAAAGUCUCGAAAGGAAAGACAGGAGCUCGAACUACACAGACUGCCGUGAAGCAGAAGAAAUCUAAGCCCAUCGAUAAACGAAAGAAAAACAAGAGAAGCAAUGCUAAACCUUCUACCAAAAAAGAUUCGUCGUUCAGUACUAAAAACCCUAACCAACUACAAGCUCUGGUAGGUAUGUUGAAACGGAAUUCAGGGACGUCAUCGAAUACCACACAAAUCAAGGAUCGCUUAAAACUGAUGUUGCACUGAAGUUCUCAGUAAUGUGUAGUUUUAAUACCAUAUUGGACACUUAUCAACGUAAAAACUAAAUGAAAAGUUUGGUUUUUGUUCCACACUGCUAAACUGAGAAUCGACUAAAUCUGUUCUGGUAUUUUUCCUCCAUCUCUACAAACUACUGAAGCAAUGGAGUGGUUACUACAAUGGUGUGCAACUUUGGACACCACUCAAAGUGCCUUCCAUGGUUGAUCAAUGCAAAAUAAACCUAAAUAAUGUUAUAAAUGAUAACUGUAUGAUUAUGAUGAUCAACUUUUUUUGGGGAAUAAACGUGAAAUAUGUGUGUGUAUCAUCCUGUAAUCCUCUCCCUCGCGGUGGAAUCUAGUUCAGUGGAAUUUGUUCCUUGACGAUCUGAAAGGAAAUAAAAGAAAACACGAAAUAUUGGAACUAAUUAUGGAAUAUGAAUGUUUAAAAUACCAUGCGAUGAUUGUCUGCAUUCGACUUACUUGUCGGAUUGUUUGCCCUGGUUCCAGAAAACGAGCGCUACUAGUAGCGAAGUUUA